AUGGGUGAGGUUGUUGCGGGGGGACCUAAUCCAUCGAUGAUAGAGGAGAAGAAGAAGAGGAAGCGGGAGAAGAUGAUGAGGAAGAAGGAGAAUAAGAGGAAGAAGAAGGAGGAGAGGAAGGAGCAGUUGGAGAUGGAGGAGGAGAAACAGUGGGGAGAGCUUAUUGAUCAGUAUGAGCUUGAGAUUGAGGAGUUGGAGAAGAAGAAGGAGCAGUUGAUGGAGUUGCAGGAUCAGUUGGAGGCAAAGCAGAGGGAGCGUAAUUUUAAGCGUAUGUACAAGUAUAGGUAUCAUGGUAACUAUUGGGAGCGAGUGUGGAAAUCCGAUGGGUUCGAUAUCGAAGGUUUGAAGUUACAUCCGGCUCUGGGAGGAAUGCUAGCUUUCGUGUGUAAGAAAGAGAAUGAUUGUCCAAUCUUAGUGAGCCUUUAUGCUAAGACUGGCCUUCAUCGUUACAAUAUGCUAGAGGGGACCAACUUGCAGCUUCAUAGAGUAAAGAAAUACAAUAGGAAAUCUGCGUGUUGUUUCAUGCCUGCCACGUAUUAUAUAACUUUGGAAGCGGUGGAUCCAGCUACAGGCUCUGUUGUGCCUUUUCAGAUUAGCAGUCACGAAAGAUCCAAGGGCGAGAUGGAUGUCAGGUUUAUUGUUGCUAGACCUCAAGAGACAGGGACCAAUGGCGCGGUUUUUGGUUCAAAAGCACCUGUGUUCUAUUAUGUUCCGGUGCAGGAGUCAGAGUUGAAAGAAAAUGACUGGAUUCGCCUAUAUUUGGAACUUGGAUUCGUCUCCACCAACCGUCGGGCCCCCCAAUCCAAGCUGUCGGAUUUGAAGAUUGUGGAGGUCAUGGUAGAAACUAAGGAAGACGUGGAGCAGCCGAGUGAGAGACUCAAGGGGUUUAUAGAUGCGGUUGUCUACAUUAAAUACGAUGAGGACUUGGGAGAGGGUCAGGUUUGUAAGCGCCGAGCUAUCAUUACAAGAUUCGUGGAUUUGGAGACUGGGCACAUGAGUCUCAAGGGCCCUCAUCACUCUCUGGAAGUCAAGAUCGAUGACUCUGAGAACGCAGCAUGA